UUUUUGGGCCGAAAACUAUGGAAAUUUGAUCUACUUACGGUCUUACCUAAUAUACCUUUUUAAAAUUUGCAUCGUUUUUAAAUCUUAAUUUGCUCAUUGUUCGCGCAGACAGUUUGCAUAUUGCAUGGAUUGCUUUUUCGGUAUCACCGAUGAGGAAUAAUUUCUCCUAUUAAUUAGUUUACCCACUGAAACGGAUACUCAGACACUGUUAUCGAUUGUUGGAAGCACAGCGGUGUUUAUGAGUAUACAUUUGUACGCUGAUACGGCCUUAUCCUUGUUCUCAAAGUGCCCGUCCAGAAUCUUUGUUUAACUUCUCGGCUCUGUAACGCAUUUUGAAUCGUCUGCGUAAUUAUUUCCUUUGAUCUUUCUGUCGUAUUUGUUGCGACGAAUCAUGGCAUCCUGGCACGAAGCUCGUGAUCGCCUGAAAAAGAUUAAGGAAGAACGCCUACGCCGCAGCGAAGAGGUGGUGGAACUGUGGGAAAAUGUUUUAGGAGAAAAAGCAAAGAACCUGGGAGACGAAGUAUGGGCAGUGUACGAGCAGGUUUGUAUCGCAGCUUUGGACUGUGAUCGCUUGGACAUUGCUAAAAAUUGUGUCAAAUCAUUGAGUGCAAGAUUCCCUACCAGUAAUCGAGUUCGCCGUUUGCUGGCUAUGACUUUGGAAGCAGAUGGAAAGUUUGACGAGGCGGAGCACAUGUACGAAUCGCUGAUAGAGCGGGAUGAAACCGACACAUUAUCAAGAAAACGUUUAGUUGCUAUCCUCAAGGCGCAGAAGUUGUAUGCUGAUGCUAUUGUCCAUUUGAACGAGUAUCUGAAAACAUUCCAAAAUGAUCAAGAAGCAUGGCUAGAACUGGUGGAGUUGUAUUGCACCGAGCAGGAUUAUAUUAAAGCGGCAUUCUGUAUGGAAGAAGUGCUUAUUCAUCAUCCUCAGAGCCAUCUUCAUCAUCAACGUUAUGCGGAAAUACGGUAUGCUCUUGGAGGAUUUGAGAACAUCGAUACAGCCCGUAGCCACUUUGCAAAAGCGGUAAAGUUGUGUCCGACUAACGUGGACGCACUUUUUGGAAUGUGCAUGUGUGCAUCGUUUUUGGCCAUGUCUAACAAAUCAACUGCGCUGAAGCGAAAAGACAAUCAGCGCUAUGCAGAAUGGGCCGCCCAUCAACUUCAGGAAAACUUUCCAGAAAAAUUGACCGUGGAUGCCAAAAGCAAACUCAAGAACAUAACUAUUUCCUUGGAUAGUUUGCAGCUAUGAUUGUGUUUUGUGGUUGCAUCUCUCUAGUGGGUGACUAGGAAAAUUUGCUGUUACACGGUGAACGUCGGUGUGCUUGUUUUCUCAACCAUUCUGUGUCCUGAAGAUCGUAAAGAAGACGUGAUCGAUUUCUAAUGUAAACCUGCUUGAAUUUGUUUCAUGUGUAGUAUAACGGACUAACGGCUGAUUGUCGCAGAUUUGGGGGAAAUGAUGACAGCCGACAAGAACUCAAAACUUUAAUCGAAAUAAAAGUCAUGGCAUGGCCAGUACGUACA